AUGAAGUCCUCCAGAGCAGCAGCGACCAUCGUCGUCCGGGCCUUGGCCUUCGCCGUCCAUUCCUCACCGGCCGCCGCAUUGUCCCAUGUAGCCAAGGCUUUCCGCCGCGACCCCGGCGUCGCACCGGCCCUCAUCCGCAACUUCUUCCACGACUGCUUCCCACAGGGCUGCCACGCGUCGGUGCUCCUUACAGGGAACAACAGUGAGCAGGCGUUGGGGCCCAACCUGACGCUCCGGCAGAUGGCCCUCGAGCUCAUCGAGGACAUCCACGCCGGCGUCGAAGGCACCUGCCCCCGGACUGUCUCCUGUGCCGAUGUCACCGUCCUGGCCACCCGUGACGCCCUCCUGCAGGCUGGAGGGCCCUACAUCGACUUUCCCUUGGGCCGUCGCGACGGGCUUACCCCGGCGUCGCCGGACCUCGUCUUGGCUCUACCAGCGCCAUCCUUCGACGUGCCCACCCUCAUCAGCUCCUUCGGCAACCGGAGCCUUGGCGUGGCCGACCUGGUGGCGCUCUCCGGCGCGCACGCCUUUGGUGUCGCCCAUUGCCCCUCAUUCUCCGACCGCUUCACGCCGAUCAUCGACGCCAACCCGGCCAUCGGCCCCAAGUUCGCCAAGAUGUUGCAGGCCAAGUGCGCCAAGGACGUCCCGGAGGGCACCGUCACCCAAGCACUCGACGGGCUCACGCCAAAGGUGUUUGACAACUUGUACUACACCGACCUCAUCACCAGGCGUGGGCUGCUCAAGUCCGACCAGGGCCUCAUCGACCACUCAGACACGAAAGGCAUGGCCGCACAGUUCGCACUCAACCAGCUCGUCUUUUUCAAUCAGUUUGCCAACUCCAUGGUGAAGAUGAGCAAUAUGGACGUGCUCACCGGCAGCCAGGGCGAGAUACGGCUGAACUGCGCCGUACCCAACGCACGUGCCGAGGGCAUCCAGACCGCUGGCAACGAGGGCCAUGCUUCCAACAUGUAA